AAAAUGAGCGCUCCGACCACAUUUACGAAUAUAACUUUAGGAGGUUUCGUCAUCUUCUCGCUGUUUGGAAUUGCAGUCUCGAGCAAGUAAGAGUCAAGUAUAUAAAGCUAAAUUCACAUCACAAUAUUGAAGUUGCUUUUAGUAAUAGUGUUUGUAGUGAAAGCUUAUGAAGGAAUGUGUAAGAAGAAGAAUGAGAAACAAGUUAUUAUAAAGUCGCCUUACAAGCAAAUAAACUUCAGUGCUUUCGAGAGGAAUUAGGAGUUCAUUCAAUAGCCAGAAUAUCGUGGUAUUAUUUAUGAAUCCUAUGGUCAAGUGUAAUAAUCGGAGAUAGUUCACACUCAAAUAGAGUCCAUGGAGAGACAACUUCCAAAGGAGAGGGAAAGAAUCUUGAGUAAGGAGUAGAGAAAGAAUAACAUGAAGAUGCGUAAGAUAUUUGAUCGUUAUGAAAUCAGAUUUUUAGUAAGAAUGUGACAAUGGGGAGUGGCAAAUGCCAUAUAAAAAUGGAUCGAAUCGACAAUUCUUUGUGGACGACACUCGAUCAUAAUAUAGUUUGGCUUAAACUACGUCUUAUUAGUAAGUUCAGACUUUGGGGAGGAGCAGCUAUAGUAAUAAAUAAUAAUAUGGUACUCCAGAUUAUGAAAUUCAAUAGAAGAGCAAGAAUUCAGAGGUGAUUUUAUCCAAACUAAUUAAAAAAAUGAGUGAUGCUCAUCAAAAAGCAGAGGAGUUAUUUAUGAAGUCAUUUAUACCAACAUUUGUAAAAGAAUUUUAGGAUCAUCUCGUAAAUGUGAACAGAAUGAUGAAAGAGCAUUUCCAAUAGAAAAUAAUCGAGAUUGAUAUCUUUUUCGCCAACAAGCCCUACGAUAUUAAUUCCAAUAAACAUGAGAAAUCAAUUGGAUUCAAAAAUAUCACCAUGGAGGAUGUUUUCUUUCUAAAGAAUUAGAUUAAGAGCAGAUCCCGAGAACCAGUGAGAGCACCUACUAAUGUUGAAAAAUUUACUAAAGAAAAGGCAGAAUUCAUUAAGGAAUGCGAUCUCUUGGAACUAUUUUCCAAUAUUUUGGAUGUGACUCUCAUCAACAGAAAUAUAAUAAAUGACAAAAAACUAUUCCUAACCAAACUAAUCGAUUUUUCAGAGAACAAUUCUAAACCCUAAUAUCUCACAGAUGGUUUGAAUGAGAAGAUGAUUAGCGAUUAUGAAGUAAGCUUCCAUCUAUAUUCAGUUACUAUUCAUUGUUUUCAUAAAUGUUCUCUUGAAAUGUGUCAGAUAUGAAAAGCAGAAGUAUAAUAAGGAGAGUAGUGAGCUCAAUCUAAAUGCAUGGAAAUCUAUCGAAGUCAGCUUAAUUGGACUUGAGAGUUUAGGAAACACUGAGCCUGAAUCAGGCAAGUAGAAGGAGCCUGCCAAUCAGAAUGGCUAGACCAAUUAAAAUGAUGCUUAAAAUGCUAAUCAACCACAAAAACAAAUUGAGUAGAUAAGGUAACAUGUACAAUUUAAAUUAGAAACUUAAUUAUCAAUCAAAAAUUAGAAUAAUAUGUUUCUGAACCUCAAUUUCACUAUUAUAGCGAUUGCAUAGUCAAGGCUUUGACGAAGGAGAAGGAGAUCAAAAAGGUUAAGCAAGAGUACAUACUAUAUACUCCUAGGGUAAGAGUUUUGUUUAUUCAUCAUAGGAUUCAAACUCACUGUUUUGUUUAGUGAGCUAUUAUCUUCUCCAUUUGCUGAAUGUGCCCAAAUAGCAUUGGUAAUAAUUGUAAUAGAUGGAAAUGGAUUAAAAAAUGAUCAAAUGCUUGAUUAGAAUGGCCAAAGAUUUUUCAUAUUUAGUGGCAAAUGUGUGA